AUGCGAGUCACCUCCCUUCUAGCCGCGCUCUCCUGCGCAGCGACCACCCUAGCCCUACCUUCCACCACAACCACCACAGUCACCAAUAAUAAAGAGAACCCCCGCCUCGAACCCCUCCAAUACAUCAACACCACCCGCCUCCAGAUCGCCUACUACGAAACCGGCCCCCCCACCGGCCCCCCCGUCCUCCUCCUCCACGGCUGGCCCUACGACAUCCACAGCUACACCCACGUCGCCCCUUCCCUCGCGGCAUCCGGCUACCGCAUCAUCGUCCCCUACCUUCGUGGCCACGGCCCCACCACCUUCCUCCACCUGACCACCCCGCGCUCCGGCGAACAAGCCGCGCUCGGCGCCGACAUCAUCGAGUUACUCGACGCGCUAUCCAUCCCCCGCGCCGUGCUGGCGGGCUACGACUGGGGCGGUCGAGGCGCUAAUGUCGCGUGUGCUUUGCACCCGGAGCGCUGCGCGGGGUUGGUGUCGGUGAAUAGUUAUUUGAUUCAGGAUUUGGAUCAUGCGUGGCAGCCGCUGGAUGUACCGAUCGAGGCCGGGUUUUGGUAUUUCUACUAUUUCCUCACGCCGCGCGGGGAGGCGGCGCUGGCGGGACACCCGAAGGAUAUUGCAAGACUGGUGUGGGAGCGGAAUUCGCCGCGGUGGAAUUUUACGGAGGGGGAUUUGGAUCGGGCGGCGGAAGGGUUUGAGAAUCCGGAUUAUGUGAGUGUGGUUACGCAUGUGUAUCGGCAUCGGUUGUUGUAUGCGCCGGGGGAUCCGGCGUAUGCGGAGGAUGAGAGGAGGUUGAGGGGGUUGCCGCCGAUUACGGUGCCGGCUGUGACGCUGGAUGGACUGGCGGAUGGGAAUUUUCCGGCGACGGAUGGGAGUGAGAGUGCGAAGUAUUUUACGGGGGUGAGGGUGCAUCAUCAGGUGCCGGAUGCGGGGCAUAAUUUGCCGCAGGAGAAGCCGGAGGCGUUUGUGGACGCUGUGUUGGAGGUGGCUAAGCUGGCUAAGUUUACUCCUUAG